GGUCUUCCGUUGUUGUUUCCAUAGCUCCUCUGUGUAGGAAGAGAAUCAGUGGAGAAGCCUGGAUGCGCUCAAGUCUGUACACACGAACAAAUGUGGUGGAUAUUUACAUCAUCCUACAGCAGAAAGACAAACUCCAGGAUUGACAGCUGAAAUCUGCAACACACCGUGGUAAAGAUGGAGAUUAUUAAAGUAGAGAUUGAUGACCUGUUUGACCCAGAUUCAUCCAUAAUAAAACAGGAAGAUCCUGAAGAACAAACAGACUGGGAGGAAGACCAGCAGAGUCUUGAACCGGACGAAGUAAAGGAGGAACUUUGCGAAAUCACAACCUCAGACGAAACCGGCAAACAGCUGCACACCUGCUCACAGUGCGGGAAGGGUUUCAAAGACAAGGCGUACCUGAGCAUACACGCCCGAAUCCACACCGGGGAGAAGCCGCACUCCUGCCAUCAGUGCGGGAAGAGCUUUACAGUGGCGUCAAGUCUGAGUUAUCAUCUGCGCGUUCACUCCGGAGAGAAGCCGUUUGACUGCAGCGAGUGCGGUAAAAAGUUCAACUCAUCGUCAACUCUGAAAAACCACAUGAAAGGUCACUCAGGUGAGAAGCCUUAUGUGUGUGCGUUGUGCGGAAAGAGCUUCUCACGACUCAGCAAUUGCAAACUGCAUCAGAAAACGCACAGCGACGUGAGAGAACACGUGUGCUGCGAUUGUGGGAAGAGUUUUACUAGAGUCGCUCUGCUGAAGCAGCACCAAAGGAUUCACACUGGGGAAAGACCAUAUAAGUGUUCAUACUGCGAGAAGAGUUUCACUCAAUCCGGACACCUGAAAGUGCACGAGCGAGCGCACACCGGAGAGAAACCGUACCACUGUAUACCAUGCGGGAAGAGUUUUAAAGACGCAUCCGGCCUCCAUUAUCACAAACACACUCACUCCGGAGAAAAGCCCUUUAAUUGUGAGCACUGCGGUAAGAAGUUUAACUCCUCAUCGCAUCUGAAGUGUCACUUGAACUCUCAUUCGGACGCGAGGCCUUAUGUGUGUUCAGUGUGUGAAAAGACGUUUUCCUGGCUGAACAGUUAUAAGCUACACAUGAAGACGCAUAACGAAGAGAGAGAGCACGUGUGCUGCGAUUGUGGGAAGAGCUUCAUUAGAAUUAGCCUGUUGAAACUCCACCAAAGGGUUCACACUGGAGAAAAACCCUACAAGUGCUCGUGCUGCGACAAGAGUUUCGCUCAGUACGCAAACCUAAAAGUGCACAUGCGCGUUCACACCGGAGAAAUGCCCUAUCACUGCACUCAGUGCGGCGACAGUUUCAGACAUUCAACAAGCCUUCAUAAGCAUAAGAAGAAGUUUUUCCAUUGAGAGAAAAGCUUGGAAAACUAGAAAUAUUUAAAGGAACACUGCACAUUUUCUGGACAUAGGCUUAUUUGACAACUCCCCUAAAGUUAAACUGAUGAUGUAUACUAUUUUGUAAUCCAUUCAGCUUAUUUAUGUGUCUGGCGGGAGCACUUUUAGCUUAGCUUAGCAUAGAUGCUUGAAUCGGAUUAGACCAUUAGCAUCACUCAAAAUUUUCAGAAAAAGAUCAAUCAAUAAUUUUCCUAUUUAAAGUUUGACUCUUCUGUAGUUAAUGGUGUUCUCAGACUGAAGGAAAAUGAAAAAUUGGUAUUUUCUAGGCACAAUAAUAUUACGCAGCACCUGAAAUUAGGAAAUAUCUAUAUUGAUCAAGAAAAUAGUAGCCUUUCAUGUUUUAUUAGGCUUAGUACACGAUGAAACUACAGAAGAGUCAAGCUUUAAAUAAGAAAAUAAUCAAAACACUUUUGAGAGCGAGAUUACUGCCCAGUUUGACCUUUUUUUAAUCCAUUCAGACGAUUUCCAAGUCUGGUGGGAACACUUUUAGCUUAGCUUAGCAUAUAUCAUUGAAUCGGAUUAGACCAUUAGCAUUUCACUCAAAAUUUUCAAAAAAGACUUUUCACGUUUAUUUGGAAAGGACAGUAGAGGUUGCAGACAGGAAAGUAUUGGGAGCAGAGAGACUGGAAGGGUCGCAAAGGGCCUUGAGCCAGGAAUCGAACUCGGGUCGCCGUGAGCAUGUUGGUGCUAUAUGUCCGCGCACUUAACCACUAGGCUAUUGGCACAGACUUCAAAAAAGAUUUAGAUAAUUUUCCUGUUUAACGCUUGACUUUUCCUUACUUGCAUCAUGUACUCAGAUUGACAGAAAAUUAAAAGUUGCUAUUUUCUAUAAUAUAAUAAAUAAUAUUACGCAGCGCCUGAAAAUAGUUCAGAAUCGUCUCUCGGAAAUGCCAAGAUUUUCAUGCACUGCAUUAAAUCAUUGUGCCUGCUACAGUCAUGAUUUGACAAUAAAGUUUCUGAUUAUUAUGCCAGAAUGAGAGUAUAGUUCCUAGCUAUAUCGACCAAGAAAAUGGCAGCCUUUCGUAUUCUGUAAGUCUGAGUACAUGAUGAAACUACAGAAGAGUCAAGCUUUAAAAAGGAAAAUUAUUAAAACACUAUUUUUGAGCGAGAUUACUGACCAGUUUCACUAUUUUUGAAUCUAUUCAGCAUUUCCAGGUCUGGUGGGAGAACUUUUAGCUUAGCUUAGCAUAGAUCAUUGAAUCGUAUUAGACCAUUAGCAUCUCAAUCAAAAAAAAAAAAAAGUUCAAUAAUUUUCCAAUUUUAAGCUCAACUCUGUACUUCUGUAGUUAAUCGUGUACUUAGACUGAGGGAAAAUGGUAAGAUGCUAUUUUCUUGGCGCAUUAAUAUUAUGCAGCGCCUGAAAAUAGUUCUGAAUUGUCUCUCGCAAAUGUCAAGAUUUUCAUGCACUGCAUUAAAUCAUUGUGUCUGCUACAGCCGUGGUUCAACAGCAAAGUUCCUUGAUUAUUAUGCCAGAAUGAAAGUAUAGUUCCUAUCCAUAUCCUAUCUAUACCACCUAUAUCUAUAUCUCCUAUUUCCAGGUCUGGUGGGAGAACUUUUAGCUUAGCUUAGCAUAGAUCAUUGAAUCGGAUUAGACCAUUAGCAUUUCAAUCAAAAUUUUCAAAAAAGAUUUUCGAUAAUUUUCCUAUUUACAGUUUGACUCUGCUGUAGGUAAUCAUGUACUCAGACUGACAGAAAAUGAAAAGUUGCUGUUUUCUAGGUGCAAUAAUAAUUACACAGCGCCUGAAUAUAGCUCUGAAUAUAGCUCUGAGUCAUCUGUAGUUCUAAUAUGAGAGUAUAUUUUGUCAUUCUUAGAUGAAACUACAGAACAGUCAAGCUUAAAAUUGAAAAUGGAUAAAAACUAAUGGAUCAAAAAAGUGCUUCUGCCAGACUCAAAAACCGGCUGAAUGGAUUCAGAAAUUAUAAUGUUUAACUCUAGAGUUGUAAAAUGAGCCUGUUUUCUAUAAAAAAGUGUAGUGUUCCUUUUAAAAGUUGCUUUACACUACUCUAAAAGUGUAAAUAAUUUAUUUCAUCAAAUCUGCCCGGAUGGGUUGCGUGCUAUGUCAGAUGAAUUCAUGUAAUUUGACCUUUUUCACUAGUAGAACAUGACAUUGUUAUUUAUUAUAGACCCAUAUAGACUAACUACUGUAGGAAUUGUUGUAUUAUUUUGUACAUUUUUGCUGCUUUGAUUUUAUCUAUUGUUCACAUAUGUGACCCUGGACCACAAAACCAGUCAUCAGGGUGUUGUUUUUAUUAUUAAUAUUGAGAUUUAUGCAUAAUAUGAAAGCUGAUUAAACAUUCAACAACUGAUUUACAACUAUAUCUGCAUCUGGAUCUGAGGGUUCAGAAAAUAAUUAAAAUAUUUAGAAAAUCACCUUUGAAGUUGCUCAAAUUAAGUAGUUAAUGCAUAUUACUAAUAAAAAAUAAAGUUAUAUAAAAUAUAUAUUCAGGAUGCUCUGAUCGAUCGGCCAAAGAUCGGUAUUGGCCGAUAAUCCCAUUUUAUGACUUGAUCAGUACCAAGCGGCAACCUCCCGCUUUCCCUCGGGAAGCCAAUACGGAAGUAACUGAAACUGCAAUUCAUCAAAAUUCCGCUAGUCCUGGCUCCAUAAUAGAGCAAAUUGCAAUUGAGCCCACUGUUAGAAUGGCCAAAUUUACAGCAGAAAAAAAGGUGUUUACAGCCUGGUACAAAGAACGAUUUUGGUUCAUAUAGCUAUUAUUACCCUCCAAGACAACUGUGAGUGGGGUGAAUUUUUUUAAAACUCAUCCAUUUCCUUUAUAUUAGGUUAUAUUAAGUUUGCAUAAUUAAGGGCGUGGCCACUUGAGUGACAGCUAGGUCUUGCUGGUCGCUGUCACUUCACCUCAGCUGAAUCCGGCAGAUUAGCCACUGAUCUCGGCAUAUUCAUCGUAUUUCUGUGUUGUUUUAUGUGGCUUUACACAGUCAGCUGCCUUUUGGACUUAUUUCUUACAAUUAUCAGAUGAUAUGGGAUGCUGUGUGCACUUAAUUGUGCUCACAAACCAUUCAUGUGGCCUCCGUUUCCCAUGUGAGUAAAGUUAUAUACUUAUAUACCAUCUCUAUAAAUGUAUUUGUUUUAUUCAAGAUCAUUUAUCAUUAAUAUUUUUCUUUAGAGCUGUAAAGCACUCCAGAAUGUGACAGAUUGAUUAGCUGUAGGCUCUAGAACAGUCAUCUGAAGCGUUGAAAUACAGUGUUAUGCUGGAGUUCAUCAAUAGUCUUGCAUUUACUAACACACACUAUAUCUGAAGUGUUUGGAAGUAAUUCGCGUGUUCCUUCUGUAGAUAAACGUCAUAAGAACAAUGCUUAGUGGCUCAAUGUGUUACUACAGUGUUUUGGAAAGUCUAAACACUUUAUUGAUAUAGUGUACAACCAAGCACAUGUGGUCAGAACACAAACGAGUCGCAGGUAAUAAAGUAUCAAGCGUUUCUCCCAAAGUAAAGUCUGUCUGCCAGGUCUAAGCAAAGUGCCAGCAGGUGUCUGUAGCUCCGCUCACUCUCCGCCUCUUUGCCCUUGUUUGGUAUCUCGCCGUGGGUGCGAUGACGCGUGAACAAAAUGGCGACGGUUGGCCGCGCCUACUUGUAGCUUCUUUUGCAGUGUUCAGAAACCUAUGGGUGACGUCACGGAUGCUACGUCCAUAUAUUUUACAGUCUAUGAUCAGUUCUCGUGAAUUUGGCCGAUCUCAAGAACCGAUCGCAAGUGUUUGUUUGUGAGUUUAUAAGAUGCAUGUGCAUAUCCACAUAUGACAUAUGUUUAAGUGAUUAUAUACAGCAAUCUUAAUUUAUUCUUUUAGGUAAGAAGAAAACUCCAAUUAAGCAUCACAUUUAGUGGGAAAAUGUGCUUUAUGCAUUAUAAAGCUUCGGUACUCUGUAUCGGCAGAUAACCAUGACAAGGAAUCGGUACUCUAUAUCGGAGCAUCCCUAAUAAAUAUUUAUACAAUAGGAAAUUUGGUCCCAAUUUAUAUUAAGUGUCCUUAACUAAUAUGUACUUACAGAGAAAUUAAUAAUUCGUUACAAUAUACUUAAUGUGUAAAUUACAUGUAUUUACUGUGUACUUAUGCUUGAUUAAAUACCUGUAUGUAAUUACAUCUGUAAUUACAUUUGUAAAUACACUGUUGACCAUCACUUACACCUUAACCCACCCGUAAACCUACCCAUACCACCAAACCUGUCCAUAACCCUACCCCUAUCCCAACUCAAGAGCACCAGAAGUGUUCUCAAAUACAUUAUAAACACAGUAAGCACAUUGUAUUCAUUUUUUUGAUGCAAUUACAUAGUAGUUAAGGACACUUAAUAUAAACUGGGACUGGAAAUUUACAAAAGAUCUUCAUGGAACAUGAGCUGGAAAUGUCUUGUAAUGACGAUUUGGCAUAAAAGAGAAAUUGCACAUUUUGAAGUAUUUCUGGCUAUUCACAUUAAAAUUGUUUUAUUUUUUCACCAUUUUGUUCUCCAGGGUCACAUCUUUAAGUUGUUUUGGAUAAAAGCGACUGGCAAAUGAUGUCAAAUGUAAACAUCAUCUUUUUAAAGCUUAUCAGUGAUCGCGAGUAAAUGCAACAGAAGUAAACAAGUCCAAAACUGCAAUAUGUUAAUCAUGCGAAUGACAUUAAAUAUUAAACGCCUGCACCACAGAUCAGUGUGGUAAACCUUUUUUUUUAAAUGUUCUCAAUAAAUCAGUCAUUUC